CACGUGUCUCAGAUCACUUCCGCUACCCUUGCCGCCGCCAUGUCGUCCGCCGUUUUCCGAGGGCUCGCUCGCCUCGCCCGGGCCCCGACCCCGACCCCGAGGCCGGCGGCGCUCACGCCCCGGGCCGGCUACACCGUCAAGGCGGCCCGCAGCCCGGUCGGCACCCUGGAGACCUUCAUUGGAUUGGGCACCAUAACUGUCGCGAUGCUGGUCCCAGCGGGCUUUUUCCUCGCCAACAUCGAGAACUUCAAGAAACGGGACUGAUCUGCUGGCAGGGAGCUGAACCGGAGACUACACUCCACUCACCCUCUCAACUGGGGAUCCCAUCUGCCGACAUUCCAAAUGCUCAAAAACCCGUGGCCGUCUCACGAGACGGCUGCCUUUGAAUGUGAUGUUAAAUGCCUCACCUUGUUGAACUGAUGCUGAUUAAAUUAAAAUUAAAUUUCUGGAAGUUGUACA